CAUGUCAAGCGCUGUUUCGUGUGAGCGCCAUCGUAGCUUGAAUUUGUCAAAGUGGGGGAGGACAUCAUGGAUUAUUCUCUGCUUUGUGGUCUCAGGUGCUUUCUCUUUGGUCACUGUUCACCAGCCUGCUGUGCUCUCUGCAGCUCUGGGUCAGGAUAUCAUCAUGCCCUGUGAGCUCCGGCUGCAAGAUGAGAAGCUCCUGUCCCAGCCCAUCCUCUACUGGUGGAAAUUAAAUGAGAUGGCUGCUGAUUUCAUACGGUUGAUCCCCUCACAGACCCCGAACAAUAGCCGUGCAACCCUUCUGGACAAUAACGGGAUGUCAACAAACAAGUCAAUGAUUCUGAAAAGUGUGCAGUGGGCUGACAGCGGGAAGUACCGGUGCAAGCUCUCGCUUCACACAGAGAGGAAUGGAAAUUUUAGGCAGAAGGGGGACACAACUUCCCUUGUGGUUUACGGCGCCACGGUCUUUAAUGUCACCAAACACGCUCCCUGCAUGCUAGGCUGUGAGGUCAGCGUGACGCGGGAUGCUGGAUUUUCUUUGCACAUUUUUCACAACGGCCGUCGACUCCAAAAUGUUACCUCAGCUCCAGGAGACGCCGACGCCGCUCUGCCGUACGUCACUCUCUCUGAGACCGUACCUCUGUGGUCGCGUGGGAAAUACGAGUGCCAGCUGCACCUGAGGGAUGACGUGAUUACAAAGAGCAUCUUCCACAGCAACCUGUCUGAAGUUGGAGAAGGUGAUAAAAAUGAGUCCACUACAUGUUCAUCAGCGCGUCAUGGCGUGUACCCAGAGCCGUGGUUCUUGUACGUGGCCCUCCUCCUGGUGCCUGUCACCGUCCUCAUAGGCCUGUUGAGCGCCAUGCUGAUGUGCAGAUGACUUUAUCAGCAUCUGGCUGGAAUGGAGAGGCGGAGAUGCAGCUGUGGAGAUCCAGUCUGCCCGGAAAUAAUCAGAAAUAUUUAGUAAAGGUUUAUCAGUGAUAAAAGGCUGCAAAUAUUUAUCAGUUUCCUCAUCACUCAACUUUUAGAAACACAUCAAGGUAACAAAAGACAUUAAAGUGGUAACUAUCGAGGGAACGAACUACAAAAACAAACAAAAAACGCUGCAAAAUUUAACUGAAAUGUUCACCACCAGGGGGCUCCACCCUGUUUUUUUCCCCUUUGCCAAGCCGCCAUUGUAAAUGAGGGUUUACUGUUAAAGAGCUGCCUUUAAGUAAAGGUUCAACUAACUCACCACACUAUUCUUUCACAAAAACUGAUAUUACAGUACAUCAGUAAGUAAAACUGACUCAUGUCAAACGUUUCACAGAUAAAAAUCUCAAAGUGCUUCACAAUAAAACACCAGAAAUAAAAGUAUUAGAUGUCAAAGUCAGCCAGGACAGCCCAGCCAUGUUUUUACCUCGAGAUAAUAUCUGUUUGAGACACUAUGCUGACAUAGAGACACAGCGGCUACUUCGUUAAAUUCUACUAACAGCUUCAGUUCAUUAUAAACGCAGAGUUUUUACAAUAAGCACCUUAAAGCGCACGUUUCUGUUUCUUAGACGCUCCUGGUUUGUAUUAGCGUGUUGUACCUUAAAAGCUUAACCAGGGACAACAUCUACCUAUCAGCUAUGGCUCUAACUCCUACAUACAUGGGAUCUUUAUUAAUGUAAUAAUGUUUACAUGCAUUACUAAUGGAAUGAAUUAUUAAUCUAACUAUAAUAUGUGAAUAA